AUGACCAAGCGACAACGCGAGGAUUCAGCUCAAGCUGCGGACACCUCCAAGCACGCGCGUGUACGUGCAGAUGAAGCUGGAGCAGUCGCAGCGCAUCCACCGCCGGCCCUUCUUGCCCAGGGUAAGCUCAAGGGCGUUCUUUUUCCAUCUGAAAUCGCCGCGCUCCCGCACAUUUUAUGGCAACUCGAAUAUUUCCUGCUGACACCCGACGAGGCCAUGGCGGAGGCAGCAGCAGCCGGUCAACUGGCGUGGGUGAAGGAGCUUUUGGGCAGAUUCGACUGCAAACUGGUGGAUCCGCUGCAACUUGCAGCCGCCCAUGGCCACGCGGCAGUGGUUGCAGAGCUGUUGUGCGAGUUGGUCGCGCCGGGGGCCACUCCAUCCCGCGAGAAGUGGCGUGGCAUACUCGACGCAGUGUCGGCUGCUGGAGAGAAGGAGCAUCUAGCUGUUCUACAAGUGUUUCUGCCGAUUCUCGCGGCUACUAGGAUACUCGAGAGGAAAGAAGCGGUCUACGACACAGCCAGUGCGGUGUUGGAGGAUGCAGCAGCACGAGGGAGUCUCGACGUCGUCAAGUUCAUGAUAGCACAGGCGACUCCGAUCUUCGCCAACUUCGCGGAUGAAGGGGAGGGCUCUUUUGCCCUGGGGAGAGCAAUCUCAGCAAAGCAGAUGGACGUAGUGGAGUUGCUGCUGAAUCUGAACGUGGCCGAGUUCCGUCUGGACUAUAUUGGAGCUUACGAUGCAGCAGCCCUCGCUGCGGGACUGAAUGAAUUGGCGGACAGAAUUUAUGGCAUCUAUUCGCGAAGUGGCACGGGAAGAAGGCUGCUUGUUGAGCUGGCAGAUUACAACUACGUGAAUGCUGUCAAGUAUAUUCUCGGCAAGGGCAUUGAUUUGGAUUUGGUCGAAGCAUUCGAAACUGCUGCAAUGGGAUCUGCCAUUCCGGUGGUGGAGUUCUUGUGGAGUUCGUUCAACUUUUCGAAUGAAGUUUUCGACCGAGUGUUCGAGAACACAGCUACUUCCGGAUGGCAAAGGAGCGAAAUACCGACGCUCUACAGGAUGAAGCACCCGUCUCCACCGGUUAUCGACAGAGUCUUUCGUGUCACGGAUAGCGUUGCCGUACUCAAACUGUUGCUCGAGAACGAGCAAGUGUCGAACGAUGCUAUUGUCGACGCCUUCGAGCAUGCAGCGAGGGGCUAUUUCUGA